AUGGCGCACAACCGCGCGGAACUCAUCCCUAGGGAUCGCGUCGAUGUGUACAUUACCACCACCCUCUCAGCAGCAAUUGAGGAGCUUUCGUCGCCUGAUGGUCGCCCUACUAUCGCCAUGAGCCGGAGGCCCCCAAGGACCUCCUGCUAUAUCGAUCCUGCUACUGGAGCCUUGAAGGCGAAUGAAGCGGACUCUCGUGUUACCUACUAUACUUGGCCAGGAAAAGAUGCCUACGAGGCGUGGAAGUUCACCAUUAUAUUUCGCAUCCUUGCGGUUAUCACGGAAGCAAUUCACACGGGAUUGGUAAUCUCCAAAAGCGAUCCAGCGUGCUUCGGUUCUCAGAGAAUUGUUGAUACAGUCAUCGACGACCUGGCCCACACCAUUGGAGUUGACCGAGCGUCGUUGAAUGUGGAGGCCGCUGCAAAAGGGCUUGUCACGGGCCAUUAUCGGCUACUCUCCAGGACACAUGAUAUACUAGAUGGUGGUUCUUCAGAGAAGGAUACUUUGAUGCCGAGGAUACAUGACAUCGAUACAAUCGAUAUUCCGGACGUCAAGUGGAUUUUGAUCCUUGAAAAGGAGGUACAGAACCCCGGAGAGCCAUACUGCGUGAACCUGGCAGCAGCUGGAAAGGGGAUUCUGAUCACGGGAAAAGGUUAUCCGGAUCUGUGCACUCGUGAGUUCAUCCGCAAAGUGUCUGAAAGUAGCCGACCGUCCGACAAGUCCCCACAUAUCUACGCUCUGGUUGAUAGUGACCCUGACGGCAUGGCGAUCAUGUCAACGUACAAGUACGGCUCCAUGGCGCAUACGAGCGACAAUGCGAGGCUGAACAUUCCCGGGUUGCGGUGGCUGGGACUUCGCACAUCGGAUGUUGUGACGGAUGCCAGUCCACUAGGAGACGAUGCCCUCCUUCGAUUGACCGGUAGGGAUAGGAAGAAGGUCAUCGCUAUGCUGUCAAACAAUCCCGUGUGGGCAGCUGACGGGCCCGAGCCGGGAUGGCGUGCGGAGCUACAGCAAAUGCUCAUGUUGAAUCUAAAAGCUGAGCUUGAAAUUCUGUAUGACCGGGAUGGUGGCAUCGAGGGUUGGAUCGACCAGAAGAUGGCCACUGUGGAGUGA